AUGAAUCAGUUCAAGUUUGCUUACAGGCGUCACUGUCGCCGCUACGCAUCGUUUGUGGGCGACGAGGUGAAGGUAAAAUCAAACCGCAGUUUCCUGCUCGGCGCAAGUGUUGGCGCGUCUGUGGGCGUAGCCACUGCUCUGUAUGCACAGCAUCAGUUCGUGCCGAGCAAAGUCCGCUCAAGGGGCAAGUACGGUGGUCCGGACGACUUGAGGGACGCUACGCAUGCCCUGCGAAAGGUCCUCCAGCAAAAGCAAAUAUCGGAAGAUGAGUCAGACCUGCAGCAACAUGGCUCUAGUGCGUGGUUUCCUUCUCAUGACGAGGGCUCACCUAAUAUUGUGGUCUAUCCCAACUCUACUGAAGAUGUGCAAAAGAUUGUACGCAUUGCGUCAACCUACAAGAUCCCAGUCAUCGCUUAUGGAGCUGGGACGUCUAUUGAAGGACAAUUCACUACCUCACUUGGCGGCAUAUGCAUCGAUCUAAGCCAGAUGGACAGCAUUGUUCAGAUUGAUCAAGAAGACAUGACUGUCACCCUUCAGCCUGGAGUCGGUUGGCAGAGUCUCAACCUCGAGUUGGAAACGCGCAAGACUGGCCUGCUCUUUCCUGUAGAUCCAGGUCCAGGAGCAUCCAUUGGCGGCUGCGUCGGCACAUCAUGUUCAGGACCGAAUGCAGCUCGCUGGGGGACCAUGAAGGACUGGGUUCUUUGUAUGACAGUCGUCACCAUCGACGGUCAAGUGUUUCGAACGCGUUCCAAGGCCAAGAAGUCUAGCACGGGUUAUGACCUGAACCACCUAUUCAUUGGUGCAGAAGGCACACUUGGCAUCGUCACCGAGAUCACCCUCAAACUGACUCCUAAACCGACGCACGAGCUUGUUGGCAGUUGCAGCUUCACUUCACCAACCGACAUCACACAGGCAGUCCUGCUCGCACAAAAGGCGGGCGUCAAUGCCCAGUGUUUUGAGCUUUUGGACGACACCAACAUGCCGGCCAUCAAUCGAUAUGGUAACUUCAAUUAUCCGGAAAAGCCGCACCUCUUCUUCAAACUCUCUGGCAAUUCUCCUCGCCUACUAAAACAGGAGAGUGCACUGCUAUCCGAGAUCUGUCGCUCACUUGGUGGCGGAGAGUUCACCGUGGCGAAAAGUGACGAAGAGGCUACAGCCAUCUGGUCGGCGCGCAAGAAUCUCUUGCUUGCCUGCUUAUCGAUGCCUGAAGCACAGGGCUGCACAGCUAAAUCUACAGAUGUCUGUGUGCCCGUCAGCAAGCUGCCAGAUCUCAUUCGUCGAUUCAAGGCUCGGGCCAAAGAGUUGGGCGUCAUUGCGCCGGUCAUUGGUCACGUUGCUGAUGGCAACUUCCAUUCCCUCAUGAUAUACAAUGAGCAGGACACUGAAUUGAUGACAAAGGUCUCACAGCUUAGUGAUGAACUUCUCAAGAUGGCGCUUGAUCUCGAGGGCAGUGUCAGCGGUGAACAUGGCGUCGGCAACCAGAAGCGGCAUUAUCUGGCAACCGAAUACGGCGAUGUCGGUGUAGAACUGAUGCAAAGGAUCAAGGACGCAUUCGAUCGGGAUGGGCUGUUGAAUCCUGGUAAAUUGUUACCAGAAAGCGGCAGAAGGGCCUGA